AUGUUCGCGCACUUCCAGGUGCUGGUGCAUCUGGAUGGGUUCAGGAACCUCGACUUGUUCCAUCAGGGCGAGUACGCGAUAGGUGUCAGGGUCUACUCGGAAACGACUAACCGCGCGGCAAGACCGACGAAGUUCAUCGAGAAGAGCAACGCACACGUCACGCAACCCUUGGCGUCUGGCUCGCCCGCAUACUCAGGAGGCAUCAACGACGAGGACUCUUCCUUCCGCUGCAGCUCCUUCUACAUCCGCUACCGAGAGGAGACGCAUCAAAUCAACGAAGCCGUCACCUUCGACGUUGAGCUUCCUGUACCCAACGACUUUGUCUUCGAGCCCUGCGUGCUUCAGUUCGAGCUUCUGUUCCAGAAGCCCAACAAGGCCCGGGCUCUCGGAGCUCAGGACGGUCCUCCCACCCUCAACCGCCUCCUCCAAGUCGCCACCCACAAGUUUCGCUUCCUUCCAUCGCAGCAGGGCUGCUUCGGUCACUGCCACCUCACCUUCGACGACAUGCACACCUGCAUCGUCGAGGCCUACGCCUGCUGCGUGCUCAGCUGCUUCACUGCCGGCCGCUGCGAGCUGCUUCCUCGCAUGUUCAUCCCCCCUGAGCCGGAGAAGAAGAAGGGGAAGAAGGGGAAGGAGGAGGAGGUUCCUCCUCCUGUCGUCGGCACCUUCACUGGCAACCCGAAUUUUCUCGCGUGCGAGACGGGAGGCAAGAGUUUUCCUCCUCUGCUGACGGGGCUGGAGAACGAGGAGCGUCGCUAUGUGAACAGCAAAGAUGGGCUCACGGAGAGGAGCGGGAGGUCGGAUGCAAGCAGCACAAGCAGCAGCAGCACAGGCAGCAAGAAUGCAGGCGGGAAGACGACGAGUGAAAGCAGCGAUCGAUUCCCCUCCGUGGCGGAGACGAACCUCGACUUCGUCAUGCAGGUUUUGUCCGAGUGUCUCGCCAACGACCAGCAGCGCCGUUCUCUCAUCCUACGCGACGCGGCUCACCAGGUACGGGAAGAAGCGAAGACGAGCGGAGAAGGAAAGGCUCUCCUGCUUGCUUCUGCUGGGGCUUUCAAGCGCAUGACCGAAGAGGUCUUGAAGCUCUGGCUCGCGUUCUUCGACGUGUUCCCCGAAAUCGCUCCUGCCUUCAUGGUGAGCACGGAGGUCAGCAGCGCUCGCAUCCUCCAGGACCGCUUCGAGGAGACCACCUUCACCGAGGAGGUGGAAAGCUGCAUCCACUUCGACUCCUCUCGCAGCAUGCGCGCGCAUGACGCGCUGGUGCGGCGGCACCGGAAGAGGGGGAAGGGAGGGUGGAAGCAGAGCCCCUUCGAGGACAUCUCCUGCAAGAUCGACGAGAACAACGGGGUCCUGAUCUUCAGGCAGGUGCAGGAUGGCAACAGGAGGAGGGGAGAGGAAGGAGGAGGAGGAGGGGUCGGAGGUAUUAGUGGUGGAGGCGGUGGUGGAGGAGGGGGCCGUAUCCCUCGAACGGAGAGCGGGAGCGAGAGGAUUUUCGACUACAAGCGAGCGGGCGUGUCGACGGAGAUGUUUGGAGAUCUGUCUCGGAUGCUUCAGGAGUCAGGAAUCCGCUCGCCCUCCUCGCAGGAAGGCCCCAAGACCCAAGUUCACGUGCACAAGGCGCUGCUGCAGGCGACGAGGGGCGUCGACUGGUCGCCGAGCAACGCGGGGAGGGGAGAGCAUGCAGAGGAGGUGGAACGAUUGUCGCCCCAUGGCCGCGCUGACCAAGGGGAGCAGGAGGAGGUGGAUGGGGAGUCGCUUGCAGCUGAAAUUUGCUCAUCUCCUCACUUCAAGAUGAAACCCAACCUCUCGCCAACUCCUGGCGGGCCGGAGGGCGGGAUAGGUCGGGGAGGCAGCAGCAGCAGUGGCAGCAGCAACUGUCCUCCUCGCUUCUUCGCAGCGGAGCUGAAGACGAUGAGUCAGCUGCGGGGAGGGAACGAGACGCUAGAGGACGGGAUGCAUCUCUACGUGUUCGCCCAUGGCUUCCAGGGCAACCAGUACGACCUGCGCAUGCUCAAGAACCACAUGGCGGAUCUCUUUCCCAAUGCCGAUUUCCUGCUCUCAAGGUGA